CCGCCAUAUAAACGAAGAGAAAGAAAUGGGAAUGGCGAGUGAGGAUCUGCUCGUGACACUCCAGAUACUACCUGGUUUCUUUUCAAACUGUUUGUUCCUUGUCCUGUACGACUCCGUGGUGCUCGUGAAGCGCGUUGUGUCGCUGCUCAGCAGCUCCAGGUCCGCUGGCUCCGGAGAGUGGCGCCGCAUGUUGACCUCAGCGGGGCUCCGCUCCAUCUGGAAUAGCUUCCUUCUAGACGCCUAUAAACAGGUGAAACUGGGCUGCGAGGCACCCAAUUCAAAAGUGGUGAAGGUUCCUGAUGGCCCUUGUUGUAGCAGCAAUAUCAGUAACAUAACCAAUGUGCCAACUGGUGCCAAGAUCCGAAAUGGGGAUGAGUGCCGCCUACUGGAUUUUGAGUCAUCAGAUCGCCCUCUGGUGGUCAACUUUGGCUCAGCCACCUGACCCCCCUUCAUCAGUCACCUGCCAACUUUCCGGGAGUUGGUGGAGGACUUCAGUGAUGUGGCUGAUUUCCUGUUAGUGUACAUCGAUGAAGCUCACCCAUCUGAUGGCUGGGUGGCCCCUCCUAUGGGCUCUUACUCUUUCAAUGUACGGAAACACCAGAACCUGGAGGAGAGGCUGGGAGCGGCGCGGAAACUCAUUGAGCACUUCUCCCUGCCGCCGCAGUGUCAGCUGGUGGCCGACUGCAUGGACAACAAUGCUAAUGUGGCUUACGGUGUGUCCAAUGAACGGGUGUGUAUAGUACAACAGAAAAAGAUUGCCUACCUGGGCGGUAAGGGGCCUUUUUUUUACAAUCUGAAGGAUGUGCGGCAAUGGCUGGAACAGAGCUAUGGUAAACGGUAGGUGUUAUCAAGGACAAAUACAGAGGAGGACAUUUCCCUUUUUUUUGGUUUUGUAUAAGCAUAAAAAGGCAGAAUUGUGAAGCAACGUCUUUUGAAAUCAGGCCAACUUUCCACACACCAGUCAAUUCAAACUGAGAUGAACAUGUGUAAACUUGCGCUUAUGAUCCACAUUAACUAGGCACCAAGUUGAUUGGAAGCAACAUAUGAAGGUGACAGUGUAUGUGCUUCAUCUGUAUUUAUGUCUGCUUUUGCUGCUAAAAAUUAUAUUUUACAUUUUUUCCAUUGAAAUUAAAAACCAAAUAACUGAAAUAGGGAAUAGAUCAAAAGUUCGUGUUUUAUAAAUGUGUUGGACAAAGGAAUAGGAUUUUAAUUCUUUUAUGGAGAUUUUAAUAUUUUAAUUUUUUGCACUGUGGUCAUGUUUUUAUGCACUAUGUCAACAACUUAAUUUUAUGUGUAAUCUUUAUCUACCCUCCUGUCUCUUUGGAUAAAUGUUAAUUCAUACAGUAUACACCGACCAUUGUUGUCCAUCUGACAGCUCUGUAUAGUUUUUUUUCCAUUCUUUUUAGUGCCUAUAAAAAGUAUUUACCCCCUUGGAAGUUUUCAUAUUUACAGUACUGAAUCAACGUAAAUUUAAUGUGGCUUUUUGACACUGAUCAACAGAAAAAGACCCUUUUAAUGUAAAAGUAAAAUGGAUCUUCCCUAUAUGAUCUAAGUAGCAAGUAUUCAUACCCUCUAAGUCAGUGCUUAGUAAAGUUACAACCUUGAGUAUGUAUGGAUAGGUCUUGAUUGGUUAUGCUAGGUUAUGCUUCUCUGGACACUGAUCAAGCUCUGUGAGGCUGUAUGGAGAUCAUGAGUGAACAGCUUUUUUGAGAUAUGGUGUCUGACUCAGCCACUCCAGGACAUUACUAAUGUUGUUUUUAAGCUAUUCCUGUGUAGCUUUGACUACAUGCUUGGGUGUAUUGUCUUGCAGACUGAAUCAGGUUUGCCUACAGGAUUUCUCUGUAUUUUGCUGCAUUCAUUUCAGCCUGCUGCAGAGAGAUAACCCCAGAGUCUGAUGCUGCCAAUACCAUGGCAGCAUCAUGGUGGCAACCAUGCAUGGUGGGAAUGGUAAUUUUAUGAUGAUGGCGUUUAGUCUGAGUUUUAGUCUCCCAAAAGACACCUGUGCUCCCCCAGAUCUACAAAAUUUUGAGAUCAAGCAUUUCUAAUACUGCGAAGAAUGAUAUAAGAAAUACAUAAAAUCUAAUUUUAAUCUAAUGUUCAGCUGUUUUAAAUGUUUGUGCAGCUCUGCCCUGGUCAAUAUGGCUAACUUUAUCUUGUGUAUGUAAUGUAAAGUAUGUAAAACAUCGAUCUGGACAUGGGCAGGGUGUUUUUUAUGUAUCAUGGUUCAUGGCCUGUUUUCAUAUGUAGUCUUGUGUGCCUAUGCGUAAUUAUUGUGUGUGGAUUUGGUGUCAGAUUGGUGAACUGGGCCACGGACUGUUGGCUACUGGACUUCACCUCCUGCCAGCACACUCAGUUCAGCAGCAUCUCUCAUCAUUUUUGCCAUGUAAAACUUGAGUAUCCCCUCUGUCCAUCAUUAUGCAGUGAAGAUUUUACUGCCUUUUCCGACCAGACACCUUUGUGAACCAGGGUUCUUCUUUAUGUUAGCCACAAAACAAUAUUUCAGAAUUGAAGGCAUAUACCAAACACCCUACCCUAGGGAUGUUUCCACACAGUGACAGGUAGAAAGAGGUCCAAAUUUCUCGCAGAAUAAUGAGUUUAAUUUCUUUAUUAGAGGUGCUGAUAGCCCAUUUAAGUCUCUCUCUCGUAUCUGUGUUUGACUCACCAAAAGUUGGUCCUUGACUAAACUCAGGUGACCUCCAUUUUGAUAAUUAUGUGACUUCUAAAACCAAUUGGCUGCACCACUAAUGAUUCAGUUGUGUCCUAUUAAAGGGUUUGAAUACUUAUGCAAAAAUGUGUUUUGUAUUCUUUAUUUGUAAUUCAUUGAGAUAAUUUUUUAGAGAUUGUUUUUACUUUGACGCUAAAGGGUCAGUGUCAAAAAAGCCACAUUAAACCUACUUUGAUUCAGUGUUGUAAAACAAUAAAACAUAAAAAACGUCAAAAAUACUUUUCAUAGGUACAUUGAAUUCCUGCAUGCAUACAUUACAGGUCAUGACAUUUAAUCAUAAUAGCACAUUAUGUCCCGAACAGUGAAGAGAAACGUGUGGGCAUCCUUUUACCGAAGUAUGUAAUGACUGAAGUACCACGACUCCUAGACAUUGAAUUCAUAUAUUACUAAAUUGUUUUGCAAGAUGCAUUUAGAAGGAAACACCCUGCCUGGAUUGUUUUCCUGCAACAUCUUUUCCAGCCUAGGAAGUUCUGUUGUAGGGGGGUGGUCAGGGAGGAUAGUUGGCAAACAAAGCGCAGGACUGACAUCAGUAACAGGAGUUUCAUCCUGUGUGUGGUUAGGUUUAGGCUGCAAAAACACACUGGUUAAGGUUAGGGAAAGAAGGUAGCUUUGGGUAAAUGUUGAGAAAACAAGCUCCAUCAAAUCAGCAUGGACUUUUUGAAUUUUUGACCAAUGCUUGAUCUUAACAAAGUGUUUUGAGUUGCCUAAACACAAUCAUAAAAUUGUCCAUCUUUUAUUUUCUUGGAGCAAAUAUUAAAUGGAAAACAGUAAAAAAGUUUGCAGAUACAUACAGGAUGAACAUUUUUCAGCAGAUAAGUUUACUGCAAUGCUUCCUCAUUAUGUUGAUAAAAAAAGAAAUCAGCAUUAUGCUUCUUUAAAAACAUAUUUAUUGUUGCUAGCAUUUAAAUGAGAUAGGGCAGGGUUGAGCACCACCACAACUCUUUCUCUGUUGCAUUUACAUAACUUACCCAAAACAAUUUCACGUUUCUCAAUAAUGAGCAAAAAGAAAUUGUAGAGAAGGUUGAUCAAAUUUAGUAAAGACAAAUUACAUUAUAAGAAUUUCAAAUCUUGAAAUGGUAUGGGUAAUGUGGUCAGCACUAUUGCUAGAUAGCAAUUAAUGUUAGAUGCAUUUACUGGAAAGAACAUAUAAAUUUACAUGUGUGGACUUACUUGUCUCACAACAGAAGAGGUGCUAAAGGGAUAUUAGGUUCACAAUUUAUAAAAAACAUUUACAAUGCAUUUUUUGUGUUUUUUUAAACCUACAAACACCCUAUAAACAGCCCUUUCAGUCAACCCAAGCUCUAUUUUCAUUCACAACAAAUGAUCAGCACUGUCAGCUGCUUGUCCUCAUGGGUCCAAAAUUUUGCACUUGAUCCAAAACAGCCACAUGCCACACCUUCUCAAACCUAACGUGCAUACACACAUUUCUCGAGCUUCACUGAACGUAACAUUGGCUGUCCUGGAUAACCUGUAUCACGAAGCUGGUUAUCAACUGGCUCAAUUCACUCUGGGUUUACCUGUCUAGCUAUGAUUGCAUUCAUGUGACAGAGGCGGAGUUAUUAAAUACACUUUACACUGUCAGAAGCAUGAAUGAAGUACUUAAUAUGAAAUGAGAUGAUAGUGAUAAAACAGAACGUGAUAUUCAAAAUUGUGAAAUGGAAAGUAUAUAAUUACACAACUAGAAUAGCAUAAGAAGCUGUAGAAGUACUAGAAACAAUCUCUAAAUAUCAAAGUAAGGCUAAAGCUAUAAAAAAGUGCAGGAAUUAUUAUAUGUCUUUAAUAUAGAGUGAGUAUUUUUUUGUUGACUGACGAACAAACGUCUCUAAAUAUAUGAUGCACAUAAAAAAUAGUAUUGUCAGACUGUUUUUGCUGCCAAAGCAGAGAGGACAGGAGAGAAGAAGAGAAAAGUAGUUAAUCCUUGAGAGGGUCUAUCUGACUGAAAUGUUGCAUUUAUAAUCAUGGGGAAUAUUUAACAGUGUGUGGAUUAUUUUUCUUAUAAAAGACAACAGAGGGCAUAGUUUUUAUUUCAUGUUAUUGUGAGCUGCAGUGACAGAAGAGUGUAAAAUCAUCAAUACUCUCAGGAAUCCUGUCAGGAAUGAAAGAAUGCACAAUUAAAAUACAUCUAUAGUCAUCGUUAUGUAGUUAUUUAAUUUGGUAAACUGUCUCUUCAUUUGUUACAAGCUCUGUUUUAAAAACAGUGGAUGCAUAGAAAGCCUGGAAUAGCAAAACAGUUCUCUUGAUCUAUAAAAAUAUCUAUUUCUCUUUAUUAUUGUCACUUUAUUGUAAACUCUUGUCUAUGUCAGGAUCUUGUAGGAAUGAUGACUCAGUUUUUCCAGUGGGCUGUUGACAGGUUUUGAUCUGGUCCUCAGAGCAGGCUAGCCGUGCAGCAUAGGUUACCAUGGUGAUUUACUGCAGUUAAAAACAGCUUCGUGAUACUGUAAAUCGUAAUGAAGACCAAAAUUAAACUCAGAGAUUAGUAGGUUAGUUCAAAGAAGGCUAACCUACUAAUCAUGCUUUGUAAAACAGGCCCCUAGUCCAAAAACUGACUUCAGGACAGGCCCAAAUAGAGAGACAGCACCAACCACCAGCUUGAUGGUUCAGCAAUUGAUGAACAGAAAUACAUGUCCUAGGAAUCAAUGUAAGUUAUACUGUACAAACUAACUUCAAAAAUAACUGUGAAAUGUGAAUUUCAUCACGAGCAAAGAAUGACUAAAUUUUUUAUGCAGUUCACUUUCUGCACUUGCCUUAAAAAUACACAGAUCAGGACCCUACCCAAAGCCAGUUACUAGGUUAGGAGGAACUGAGUGGACCUGUAAAGACCUGUACUUGUCAUGUUUUAUGAAUAAUGUUCAGCAUAGAUGAUUACAGUGUGUUUUAUGUCUUAAAACUAAACUUAAUGUAGGCGUCAGCUCAGAUUUAAAUUUUUGGAUUUGAUGACACAAAAUCAUUAAAUAUCCUUGAAUAUAGAAAUAUUAUGUUAAGGUUAUGUGUUGAAGGUCAGAAAGUUUGUGUGGUAUGUAUGAAUGAGAUGGGUACAGAACAUCCAUAGGACAAGAAGAUGGUUUGUUCUGGUCACAGUGACAAAGGUGUGCAAAUGAAAACCUUUGACGAAAGAGUCCCUGACUCAGUCUCUGGUUGGAUGUGAACUGCACUUGGUCAACAUGACACAGAACCAUUACAACUGCUUUCAUUGUCAAUCUGCUAAAAUUACUCAUAUCUCUAUAACUGAUACAGGCAUCUCUGUUUUCCAUUUCAUCUGGGAUUUUUCAUUACUGCUUAGUGCAAUGUUUUAUUUUUCUAGUAUGUCAAAGGAGAGAAAUAACAAAGUGGAAAAUAAAGGAGAGUGUUUGCUGCUGAAACAGUUUUAUAUGUUGUCUUUCUGUCCCAAAGGGAUCUUGGAUAUCAG